AUGAAAGCGUUGUCGGGAUUAAGUUCGCUCUGGUCGUACCUGAUGCUGGUCCUCAGCAGCGCCACGCAGAUACGGGCUCAGGACAAUGUUUUGCCUCCAAUCAUCACUUCGACUCCUGCACCCCUGGACUUAAGAGACUUGGCAAAUGAUGGACAGACGAGUCAGAGUCUCGUGCCGCACGCGCACACCUCUGCUGACGUCACAGACGUGUUCACCACCAGAGCAGCCACACACGUCUCCAGUGCAGGGGCAGGUGCAACGACUUCAUCCACAGCUUCAGAGGGCACACAGACUCCACUGGGCUCAUCGACCACUCAAAGCUCUGGGAUCAUCGUUUCAUCUCAGCCUGCCAGCACCUCUCUGAGCGGCACCCCCUCUGUCCUGCCCUCCACUGAACCGUUGGGGUCUCUGGCCACAGCCUCAGCUGCAGAAUCCACAGGAGGCUUUCAGGACAUUGCAACUUACCGCGAUACCCCAUCACAGCUCAAUGUUGGCGGCGAAGAUGUGAAGAGGAGCGGACACCCCUCUCUGGACCCACUGCUCGCUGGUCUUCUGUCAGUGUUCAUAGUCACCACUGCAGUCAUCUUUGUGGUUCUUUUCCUCAAGUUUAGGCACCAAAACAGCAACCCUGAGUUUCACCGGCUCCAGGAUGUACCCAUGGAUGAUUUGAUGGAAGACACCCCUCUUUCAAGAUAUACAUACUGA